AUGACUCUUGGAAUGGCCAUCAGGCAGUGCAUCGCGCGAAUGCUCAGCCCCAUGGCGUACCUGCCGCCAUUCACAGCGGAUUCGGGGGAAAACGGGGGAGAGGGGGAAAAGCGGGGGGAGAUGGAGAACGUGCCAGUGCGGCCAGGCGUGUUAGGGCUGAUGGAUGAAGCGAGACAGAGGGUACGUGGAGGGAUGGGGGUGGAAGAAGAGGAGGGAGAGCGGGGGGAUGGAAAGAGCAAGGGAGCUGUGGUGACUUUUGAGUCGACUCAAAAGUCACCUGGGUGGAAGAAGAGGGAGAGCGGGGGAUUGAAAAGAGGAAGGGAGCCCGCAUGCCGGAUAGGAGGGGAUGCGUUUUUUGAGACGGGAUUUAACGUCUGCUGGUGGCGGUGUGUUCUGCAGCCACUAAGAGCUCAGUUGUCUUUCAAGUCGACUCAAUAUUCUCUCCCCAUUCCCCCACUUCCCCACCUGUCCCCCGCCUUUCUUCCCCCCUUCUCCCCCCCGUCCUACCCCCUCUCUCCUUCGUCUCAGGGGUCUGCUGGUGGCGGUGUGUUCUGCGGCCACCAAGAGCUCAGUCGUCUUCACUCUCACCAGCCUUCUCGGGAAGCGCCCCGCUCUGUCCGACUCCCUCCCUACGUUCUGUUCUCCCCCACUGCUCCUUUUCUUCCUCCUUCCCCCCCUCGUCUUCCUUUCCAGGAUAGGUUUGACCAACUGGAUUGCUUCUUGGCAGGUGAUGACGUCCCAAAGAAGAAGCCAGAUCCGACCAUCUACAAGAUUGCAGCACAUCGCCUAGGAGUGCCGCCCUCCUCGUGCCUGGUGGUGGAGGACAGUGUGAUUGGCCUGCAGGCAGCUCUCGGAGCCGGCAUGCGGUGUGUAAUCACCUACAUGCCUUCCACCAAGAGCCAGGAUUUCACUGGGGCUGUAACGGCGUUUGAUGAUCUAGGUGGAGUUUCUUUGGAUAAGCUCAUUGCUGCAUGCUCUGCUGUUGUGGCCUGA